CACGUUGGUAUCCGUUAGGUUGUUGUCGCGGUAAGGCCAGCAGCGUAGUUUAAUAGGGCCGACACAAAUGGCUUCGGUAUUGCCUUCAUUACUCAAUACACACAAUGGCCAGGGAAUGCAUGAAAACAUAUGAAGUUGACGCUCUGUGUAAAGCAGCCGAGACUAUUGCUUCUAGCGGACUGAAACUUACUGCCAAGCUAUUGUAUGAUGAAGUGUGCUCCGACACGCGCUUGAAGGGCUUGACGUAUAAACGUGUUCUCAGCUUUUUGCAAUACAACAAAGCCGGGCAAAAGUAUAUCCGGCCUAGGCCCAACGCUACCACUCAGCCUUCGAAGAAGCGUUCAAAGUGGACUCCGGACGAGGAAGCAGCGUUUCAGGAAGCAGUGCUCACGCUACAAUCCACCAACAGAAAAGUAACAGCGGGCGCUGUCGUAAAGGAGUUGAAUGAAAGUGCUGCCACGUACAACCAAGUGCACUACCGACUUCGGCAGUUGGCGAAAACUCAGCGUCUUCUAUGUUCAUCAGAGGAUAAGGACGAGGCAUCCACAUGCAGUCGUGACGGCAGUGGGGAGGAUAGUGAGGAGGGGGGUGGGGCUGAUUCAGGGUCUGAGGACGAGGAUGUGCCCACGGGCAGCGAUGUGGAUGAGUCUGCUGACCACGAGGAUGAGGGAACGGGCUCCGAUGGGGAGGAUGAGGGAGACGAUGGCACGGAUAGCCCCAGCCAUGACUCGGAUGAGGGUGACAGCGAGGGCAACUGAGACCUAGGACCGCGCGUCAGGUACUGUGCACGCCUCUGAUACCCCCGGGCUGCCAACGCAAUUGCGACCCUCCUUAUUGGCAAGACGACUUGCCCCUGAGGGCCGCAGACGCCGGGCUUGCCGGUGCAAUGUGCCCAUUGGCCCUGUGUUGGCCUGCCGCUCAACGAUGAAAACGCCUCCCUCAUGU